ACACAACAUGCGAGGUUAGUUAUAGUACCUAACGUUAACGGAGCUAGAGUGGUGAGAAACGGUAUACCGUGAGAAACUAAGUAAGAUUAACACUGAUCUGAACCCGGGAUCUAGAUAACCAAACAGAAUUCCUAAACUUACAACUAUGAUUAAUUAAGGAUCUAAAGAUGACCUGAAUUUUGACUGGGCUAGCUCCUGUCCAGGUCCAGGACGAUGGCACUCCAAUGUUCGGUGAUGAACUCAGAGGGCGCUUCCCUGCCUGCACCCAGAGCCAACCAUGCAUCCUGUUGGGCCGAUAGCAAGCUGGUUGUGUACGGUGGUAAUGGACCAUGCAAGAAUCAGAACUGCCUUGAGGAUGUAUGGGUCAUGGAUACUGGGACUAUGACAUGGACAGAGGUUAAGGGUCAUGGAGCUUUACCAGGUGCUCGCUGUCACCAUACAAUGGAUGUCAUAGGCAACAAAGCUUGGGUCUUUGGAGGAUGGACUGGAAAGAGACGCUGUAAUUUUCUACACUGUCUUGACUUGGAAUCAGAGACCUGGACAGAUCACACCUCAAGGAUGACUCACAUUGAUACCCACACCAGUCAUGCUUCUACCGUCCUGGACAACCAUACCAUCCUAGUACUGGGUCGGGGUGAGACAGGAACCCAUGCGAAGUAUGGAUGCAACAUCGACUUUCUGGACACGCGGACAUUCAAGUGGACCAACUAUCCAGGAAGCACGAUAUCGCGUGCUGGCCAUACCCUGAACUUCUUGCCAAGUGUCUCUACAAGCUAUGCGGUUGCCUACGGUGGUCGGCAAAGGCAUCCUGUGGAGCAUAUCACAACCUGUAAGGUGAAGACACCAUUUGUUUCACCGUUUCAGUCAGGAUUGCCGACUUCCGUACUGGAAGAGGCUAAAACCGUGGACGUUCCUGCAGGACGAAGCUAUCACAGUGCUACCUCCAUUGGAGGGACACUUCUCAUCUAUGGUGGAUUCAUACAAGGGAAGUCGGUGCGAGGACUUGUGGACGGUGUCAAUGAAGUCUUUGUAUUUGAUGCAAAAAAAGGACAGUGGAUGUCUCCAGCAGUCAAGGGAGACUGGCCGAAGCGUGCAGGACACACAGCGGACAGGAUUGGAGAAAACAAAGUGCUACUUUUUGGAGGGGAACAUUCCAAUAAGCAAUAUAAUGAUUGUCAUGUUAUUACAUGGUAGAAUCAGUUUUGUGCCUUGCUGUACAUAGAUUUUGUAUUCAUUCAUGAAAAUGCUUCUCUUUGCUGUUGUUUAGUUUGAAAUACUGUAUUUUGUUUAACAGAGUGGCGUACAUUCAUCCUAAAAUCUACACUGGGUUUACUUUGUAUUUUCAUUCUUUUUUUAGAUAAAUGUACUAUGCAUUUGGUUUGUUGUUUUAGUUUAUUGUUCAUUCUGUCAUAGACAUGAUUUUUCUUGCAUCAAAGCAUAUUGGGCUUUUGUAUUCAUAUUGAAUUCAAUUCAAAACCUAUCUAAUAUUUUAUUCUUUCUUGUUGAUUUCAGAGAUUUAAACUUAAAGCAAGGUAUCCAUAUAUAUUUCAUCUUGACUUUGAUAAUUGUUUAUCAUAAGAUCAUAUUGGUUCUCAUUUAUUUUUCAAGCAUUUCUUUCAGAACAACAUUUGUGACAUACUCCCUGACAAACUGCCACUCAGGGGAAUUUCACUCAUUGUUAUUGCACUGCAAAAAACGCUGGUGUUAAGUUAACACCAACUUGGCAUUUAAGCAACACCAUUUACUGUUAAACCAAUAUUGGUUCAAAUGAUUCUUAACUGGUGUUUGUUUCAACACCUCUCUGGUGUUGACCGAUAUAGAUACCAGGCUGGUGUUAAAUUAACACCAGCAUUUUUGCAGUGUGGAUUAAGCUUCUAUUUUUUAAUAAAGAAAUUAUUCCUAACCAACCAACUUUAUGUCGAUUAGAUUUCCCCUAUAAAUUCAAAAUUAUCAGCAAUUUAAACAUUUUUUGGGGGUGCAAUUAUAACUUCUAUUCUUGUUGAUCCACCACCAGAAAUACACUAAUAUUGAGCCUGACAGAAAUAUUUUCUAUAGUUUAGUUGUUGUUUUUUAAUUCACUGCUUUACAAUCUUAAGCACCAUAUUUUGAUAUCUUGCCACGUUUUGUAUUCAUUCCUGUAAAUAAGAGUAUUAUGAAUAAAUGAUGUCAUUUGAUUGUAAUUAAUGUUCAUUUAAAAUUGCAACAAGUUUGUGUUAUUUUUUUCAUAAGAACCUACGUGGGAUUUCUGUGACAUAAUUUAAAUGUUGAAAAUUAAAUUCCUAAAAUGUAAGGAGAAUUUGAAAUUUUGACCCC